AUGGCACAGAGUCACGAAGACGAGUGGGAAAGCCACCGCAGAGAGCUCAAACAUCUGUGGCUCGACCGAGAUUGGACUGCCAAACAAGUUCAAAAUUACAUGUCUCAAAGUUACAGCUUCUACAGAAGCGAAGACUGGCAGUUCGUCUCAGCUCGCCAGGAAAAACGAAAGCGGGAUGGGAAAGACCCCGGGUGGGUUUAUAACUUGAAGCGUGGAAAGCGCGUUCCGGAUUCCAAAGUCAGAAAAGAAAUAGCUCGCCAUGUUCCAUUAUCUUCAAAAUAUUCGGAGAUAGAGACGUCUGAUCCCAAGACACCAGAAGGAAUUCUUGUGUGCACACCUGGAGCACAACCUCACGAUAUUGGUACUGAGCCCGACAGUCAGGAAAUUCUACCGCUGAACGACUGGUCACAGCCCCCGAACUUUGAGCUUUCGAACUGGGUAAUCCCAGAAGCGUUGCAGCUCAGUGGUGGGCCCUCUCCUCCACCGAUCAUUCUGUCCGAUCCGAGUUCGUUGGACUUUAUCUUGCAAGGCAACAGAGAGCCCGCUGCAGAUGCGUUCAAUCCUAACGGCGACAUAUUUGAAUGUGAUCUGCCUAUUUCCUUUAAAUCAUUUGAUGGUUCAGACGGGCCAAGCUUCUUUUCGAAACUAGAGCCCAUAACAUCCGAAAACUUCAACCUCGGAUGUACAGGAAAAGCCAAAGCCUCGGUCCAAUCGCCCUUGCGAGAUAAAUUGUUCGACUAUCUCAAUUACUGCAUCUACCUGUCAUCGAAUAAUCAUCUUGACGAACGUUCAACUGCUAAGUUGGUAUCCCUUAUUUCAAAAUUUCGAGCCUUUUCUCUGCUGAGAACACUUUUGAAAUUCAACGACACCGCGGUGGAGAUCUUCAUGGGAAAUCUUCUGAGAAGCGCAGCAGGAUUAGGAGAAGUUGAAAUUUGCGAAAUUUUGAUUCAAGCUGGAGCGGAUCUCGAUUGCUUCACUGGGGAUUUCAUGCCAAGAACAGCUCUUCACCAGGCUCUUCAAGGGAAGAACAAUGCAUGUGCGAAAUUGUUACUAGCAGCAGGCGCAGAGCCAAACCUGCCUGUUAACAAACAGACUCCACUGCAAUAUGCAUGUUCUGUUCGGAGUGUCAACCCAUUUGAAGCAGUGAGCCUUUUGCGCAGCUUCGGAGCUGCUGUGAACCCGCCAUUUAACUCUUCUCGACUUUCGCCCCUGCAGUUGGCGAUUCGAGCAGAGGAUACUGAAUUAGCCCGGUAUCUCUUGAAAGAGGGAGCUGAUCCUAAUUUUUUUGCCAAUUCGAAGAGUGGGACUCCCCUUCAACUUGCGAGCGCAUUUUCUGGAAAUUCAGGCAUGGCAGAGCUUCUACUUGAAGCAGGCGCAAAUAUUAAUUCACGCUCGGGUUACCAAAAGAGUGACCCACAUGCUGUUGGCACCGAGGAUAGCGAGAUAGGUUCGGAUUCGGAUUCGGAUUUGGAUUCAGAAUUUGAUUUGGAUUUUUACUGUUGCAGUGACGAUGGUGCAAUAAGUCUGUCUGAAAGCCUCUCGUUCUCCUUCAUGCCCCCUAUCCUCAUCGCAGCCAUUAGAGAGAACUGGGAGGUUGUUCAGCUUCUGCUGGAUGAAGGAGUCAAAGUAAAUCCUAGCUGGAGAACAUGCAAGACAGAACUGUUGGAGAGUGAAAUGUCAUCUUACACCACCCCGGUCUUUACUCCGCUACAAGCAGCUGUUCUCGCAAAGAACAUCACCAUGACUCGCAUGAUCUUAACUCACGAAGCUCACAUUGAUGCUAGACCGAAAGGAAAUCAAGGCCACACGGCGCUUCAAAUAGCUGUGAUGGUCAUGAGCGAAAGACUUGUUGAACUACUCUUGGCAAAAGGGGCAGACGUUAAUGCUCCUGCGGGCAUACUUUACGGGAAGACCGCCCUUCAGGCUGCAGCAAAACAUUCUGACACCAAGAUCCUGAGGAUUUUACUUAAGAAUGGGGCUCAUGUCAAUGCUCCUCCAUCUGAGAGGAAUGGAAAGACCGCUUUACAGUUUGCAAUAGCAGCUGGAAACAUCGAGGGAGUAGAAAUUCUUUUGGAUUCUCAGGCAGCUGUGAACACCGACCCGUGUGUCACCGGUGGUGUAACCGCUCUCAAAGAAGCUGCUCAGCUUCGAGACCCAGUGGUUAAGAACGAAAUACUUCAUCUUUUGAUGCGUGCAGGGGUCGAUACUGAAGUACCUGCGGACCAAAGUCGCAACGCUCCUUUACAUUCCUUCGUCGAGUGCGGAGAUCUUGAAACGACAAGAAAACUUCUUGAAAAGGGUGUAAGCCCCAACCCUGGAUACUCUGCCAAAUCAUAUCUCACGCCUCUUCAAGAAGCGUCAGCAUGGGGCGAAGACAGUCUCGUGGAGCUAUUGAUAAAGCAUGGAGCUGAUAUCAAUGCCCCCGCUGGUUCAUAUGGGGGACGCACUGCCCUGCAGGCGGCCGCUGAGAGGAAUAGGCAGUCGGUGGUGGAUCUCCUCUUGGAAUCUGGAGCAGAUAUCAAGUCCGAAGCAGCGUCUUACAGGGGUAUUUCAGCUAUUGAGGCGGCAGUCUUAACUGCAAAUGAGAAGCUGGUUCGUAUGCUUCUCGCGAAAUGUCCCGACGCUAUAGUUUCUAACCAAAAAGCAAGACAUCAAGUCUUAGCUUUAGCUUUGAGAAACAUUACGGUUGAUGUGUCUCUUCUGGAACUCCUACUCAAGGCAGGCGCAUUCGCUGGAAACAAUGAGGUUUCCACAAAGGAAUCCUCCAUCAUGCAGGCUGCAACAUGUCGCGGAUUUGAUGUGUUCCGAUGCAUAUUGACUGCAUGUGCUAACCUAAAUCAACGCUGGAUUCGCGAUUCUCCUAGUGAUGUGACAGCUAUCCAGGCUGCUGCUUCUCGCAAUAAUAUUGAUGUUGUCCGGGCACUCCUCGAGAAAGGUGCGGAUGCCAAUGCCCCAGCAAAUAAACUUGGGGGUAUGACCGCCUUGCAGACAGCAGUAUCAAGGAAUAACUUUGAGAUGGUGGAGCUCUUGAUACAACACGGUGCAGACGUCAAUGGCUUACCUAGUCCCGCCAGGGGUCGUACGGCGCUUCAGGCUGCUGCGGAGGACGGAUUUGUCAAGCUCACAGAAUAUCUCAUAGCCCGUGGAGCCAAUGUCAACGCCCCAGCAGCACAUGACAGGGGGGUCACAGCGCUGCAGGGGGCGGCCAUCAAGGGAAACAUCCGCAUCGUAGAGAUUUUGCUCCGGUGCGGAGCAGAGAUAAAUGGAGCGCCCGCCAUAGAGCAAGGAAGAAGUGCGAUAGAGGGCGCGGCGGAGAAUGGCAGACUCCACACUUUGCGAUUGUUGCUGGACAAGCAUCCAAAUACGGAAGAAUUUGAUAUAAGGAGGAAACGUGCAUCAAGGUUCGCCCAGGCAAACGGCCAGGUGGCCAUCGAAAGAUUCUUGUUGGCUUAUCGAAAACAGCCUCGAGUCUGA